CACCUUUCUUUUUUCCUGCCAAUCUUUUACUUGUAUAGCUUCUUUAGGCCUGCAUGUCACCCCUCUAUAGAGGUCGAAGAUAUGCAUACGCCACUCUUGUGUAUGUAACAACAAUUGUUGUACAGCAAAUAUUUUGUGGCCAUGUCUUGUGAGUCGUGACCUACCCAAAAUGGGUUAGGCUUUAUAGAAAUCCAAGAUGUGGAAAACGACCCUUUUCUUUUGGUUCGAUUUUCUUCUCUAAUUUAUCGACCACAUUCGCUCCAAGAAUUUCAGGGCAUGGAUUUUAAAUUGGACCCACUAUUUGUCUAGCCAUGUUUUGCACAUUGCUGAUCCUUGUGAACAAAAAAUUGAAUCUUGAUUCGACUCUCCUUCCAAUGUUUCUCCAGGAUGUUAUGCUGACAAUUGGGUCAAUUGUAAUCUAGGGUUUCAAUUCUUGAGGUUUUGGAUUUGGGGAUUUUAUGGUUGGUAACAAAUUGUAGUAAGGGCUUCAAUAGUACGCAUUGUUGAUUCAGUUGCUGCUGUUUGGGAAAAGCUGCAGUCUUUGUGUGUAAUGGAGGGGCCUGCCCUAAGCUGAAAUUAAUUUACCAUUUUCUCCUCUUAUAUGUGUUAUAUGUGAAUGUAUGUGUGGCUUCCCUGCGAAUCUAUGCUAAAGAUUGCAGUUUUGUAUGGAAGAGAAAGAAAGAUCAAAUUUUGAAGCUAAAUAUUUUACUAGCCUGUAAUCAUUUAUUUACUGAGAAUAAACAUGUUAUAAAUCGUCUGUUAGUUUGAUGUGGGAUUAGCAGGGGUUUUAUGACGUGUAUGUUGGGACAAAAGCAAAUUAUCAUUUACUGAUCUUUGUGAUGGAGUUUUUUCAGUAUGAUUCUGGAGUAAAUUCAGCAAAAUUACGCGUGGCACAAUAGUUUUAUUUGUUUAUUUAUUUAUUUUCUUGGUACUGUUUCUUGGGGUGCAGCUGAUGAGUAUUUCUAUUUCUAAUUUGUUUUUACUGAUAAGAGAGUACUUGAUUGUAAGAAAAUGUUCUAGAUAAUGAUUGAAAAUCUGAAACAAGACUUACAGGGAAGUAAAGUUUGCUCAUCAGUUUUUUGUUUAACUCCUCAUUAAGUGUUAGCUUUUAGUCUGAGCUAGAUAUUGAUCAAGCCUCUAGAUUUUUGGUUCUGUGAUUUUAUUUUUUUUAAGUAAAAAUAUUUAAUUAGUGCCUGAUAUAAACUUUCUUUGGUAUAAUGUAAUGCAUGGUGACCUGGGAUUGGGACAUAGAACCAAAUUUUUGCACAGUGCUAUGGAAGCCUGAAUGACCUGUGUGAACUUGUAUGCUGAUAUGAGUUUAUGCUUAAAGUAAUUGAUUGCAUCCCUGCAUAGGUGUUCUCUAGAACUAUUAGGGCAGGGCUGAAGCAACUUAAAAUAUCUGCACCGAGCUUGAAUAUGUCAAUCGAGUUGUCAUUGCCAUGAGGAGGGCUUGAUCUAAGAUGAAAAGCUGCAAAAAAUAAAUGAAUAAGACUCAAAUCGUAUAUAGCCUCAAAUCUAGCAGACUCUUAUGAAUUUUGUUGAUUGUUAGCACAUAAGAAAAAAAGAAUCAGUUAAGCCUCACUCAUGGUGGACUUGAUUAAUGUUCCUUUAGUAGUAAUUAUUCUACUAUCAGAAUGAUGGAUGGCAUCUAGUUGCUUGUUGCAAGGAAUUUUUACUUGUUGACUUGUAAGUAGUGAGCUGAAUUAAUUUCUAUGCAUUUAUUUGGCAGUAUGCACGCCACAACUUGAAGAUGAUUUGAUGAACUUAUUGAAAGCCUUUAGGCUUGGUUUAAUAUUUUGUACAUUUUUUCCGCAUGGGCCAACCCCUCUUCAAAGAAAUGGUUUGACAUGUCAUCAUCAAAAUUGGAUGGUUAACUUACAAAUCUAGUUGUAGAAGAAAAAAAUUUGAUCUUUCAGCACAGGUUUGAGGUUCUACAAUCUUCUGAUGGUACCACGUCUGAUCACAGGAAGAAUACUUUCAUAAUGUGAAUUACGAAGUUUGGUAAUUAUGGCUAUUGUAUUUUUGAAACGACAUUGAUUCUUGGUGAUGAUUGGAAUGAAACUUGCAAAGAAAUUAUGAGCUUAUGGAAGAUGAAAUCUUAAAUUUGAUGGCAUGAGCUUAUGGAAAAUAUUUUUACUCAAUGAGUCAUUGCCAGAGGUGGGGUUUGCCAUUUGGACAUAGGUUAAGGUGCUGGCAUGUGAAUCUGGUUUUGGUUGAGGGUGAUAAAGUUGUUUUAAGUGGUCAUCUACUUACAUGCAAUUGAUUCUAGUACGGGAUCUCAAAAUUUAUGUGAAGUUAGUGGAAAUACAUGAUGCUAUAGGUGCCACAUGGGCUCAAAUAUUAUCGUCUAGAGUCAUGGAAGUCCUUCCUUGUUCUGGUGUAAGCUACACUGCAGACUCUGAUUGUCCUGACCAGGGUUCUGGAACCUCCUUUAUGUUUGCUGGAGAAUCAAACCGUGUAGAACGUCCUGAAGAAGUUCAGGCGACAGAGUUUAAAGUAGAUGACCUAGAGAUUAAUUUGGAAGGGCCUCUGGAGGAGAGGGAGGAUGGAAGUAAAUGGAGUCUUGAGGGACUGCCUGCUUCAGAAGUUAAUAAUAAUGGAGAUGCAUAUUAUGCAUAUGAGAUGGAUGGCCAGAAGUUCUCUUUUGAUUCUCAUGAUUCCGAAGAUGAGAAGUCUAUUGCUCAGGACCACAUGAUGGAAACUUGUCUAGAUACAUAUGAAAGGGGACAACCGAGUGGAGAUCAAGAGCCAGGACUCUCGCCUUCGGAAUCAAAAUGGCACGAAAGAGAUGAGUCUUUAGCUGUAUGGGUGAAGUGGAGAGGGAAGUGGCAGGCAGGAAUUAGAUGUGCAAGAGCGGAUUGGCCCUUAUCAACUUUGAAAGCCAAGCCAACUCAUGAUAGGAAAAAGUAUCUUGUAAUAUUCUUUCCCCGGACAAGAAACUAUUCUUGGGCAGAUGAGCUACUUGUUCGUCCAAUGAAUGAAUUUCCAGAGCCCAUUGCAUAUAAGACACACAAGGUUGGAAUGAAAAUGGUAAAAGAUCUGACUCUUGCACGUCGUUUUGUUAUGCAAAAGCUUGCUGUCAGCAUGUUGAGUAUACUUGAUCAGCUGCACAGUGAGGCUCUCAUUGAGACUGCUCGCAAUGUGGCGGCCUGGAAGGAAUUUGCUCUGGAGGCUUCCCGCUGUAAGAAUUAUAGCGACCUCGGCAAGAUGCUUUUGAAACUUCAAAAUAUGAUACUGCAGUGCUGCAUCAACGCAGAUUGGUUGCAACACUCUCUGCCAUCUUGGAUACAACGAUGUCAGAAUGCAAAUAGCGCCGAAUGUGUUGAAAUAUUGAAGGAGGAAUUGGUUGAAUCGAUUGUUUGGGAUGAAGUGCACUCGCUUUCAAAUGCAACAGCACAGCUUGACUUGAGCACUGAGUGGAGGACCUGGAAACAUGAGGUGAUGAAAUGGUUUUCAAUGUCAAAUCCAAUUUCAAGUGGUGGUGAUCUUGAGCAACCCAGCAAUGAUAGUCCAUUGACAGUGGGGAUUCAAAUGAGCAGAAAGAGGCCUAAACUCGAAGUUCGUCGUGCUGAAAUGCAUGGUUCACAAGCACAGGUUAUUCAGAGUUCACAUCAGGACGUUGCAGUUGAAAUUGACUCUGCUUUUUUCAAUGGUGAUCUCAAUAACACUGCAUCAUUGGAUUCUGAGCCAUCUAAAGAUUCAGUAUCUGUGGAGGCAACUGCUCAACCUAUCUCCCCAGGUACUGUUGCUGAUAGAUGGGCUGAGAUUGUUGUUGAAACUGGAAAUUCUGAUGUCAUGCAGUUGAAAAAUGUGGAACUGACUCCUGAAAGUGGUGCUAUUUGUGUAAGUUCUUCAGAUGCCGUUGGUAAGAGUCGCCAAUGCAUAGCUUUCAUUGAACAUAAAGGAAGGCGAUGCGUACGAUGGGCGAAUGAAGGUGAUGUUUAUUGUUGUGUGCAUUUAACCUCCCGUUUUUCCGGCAGCUUAUCAAAAAUUGAAUCAGCUACACCUGUAGAUUCACCUAUGUGUGAAGGUACUACAGUCCUUGGCACUAAAUGUAAACAUCGCUCUUUGCUUGGUUCUUCUUUUUGCAAGAAACAUAGACCAAAAGAUGACCAAGGUCUCACCUCAAGUUUGCCUGAGAAUAGGCUCAAAAGAAAGCAUGAAGAGAGUUCAAUGAGAUCAGAAACCACAGAUUGCAAAGAAAUUGUAAUAUCUGGAGGAAAUGAAGCUCCUUUGCAUGUAAAGCCUAUCCAAGUCAUCGGUGGAGAAGCCUUCGACAGAAGCUGUUCACUUGCUUUGCCUGAGCAACCACGGGAAGAUUAUAGCAUCCAGGAGAUGGCUCACUGCAUAGGUUUAUGGUCUCAGGAUGGCUUCGAACCUUGCCAAGAAAGUCCAAAACGACAUUCUUUGUACUGUGAAAAACAUAUUCCUAGCUGGUUAAAACGUGCUAGGAAUGGCAAGAGUCGGAUAAUUUCAAAGGAAGUUUUCAUGGAACUCCUGAAAGACUGCCGUUUAAUGGAGCAAAAGUUGAAUUUACACCAGGCUUGUGAACUCUUUUAUAGGUUGUUUAAAAGUAUACUGUCUCUGAGGAACCCUGUUCCUAAGGAAGUCCAAUUUCAGUGGGUCUUAUCUGAAGCUUCUAAAGAUGUUAGAGUUGGGCAGUUCUUACUGAUGUUAGUCUGCAGUGAAAAGGCAAGGUUGGAAAGCCUGUGGGGCUUCAGCGUGAAGGAAAAUUUGCAGGCUUCCACCUCUCUUGAUGAACCUGUCACAGUCCCAAUGGUAGUAGAAAAUGAUCAAAACAAUGAGAACAGUAUAAAGUGCAAACUUUGUUCUGAAAAUUUUCUUGAUGAUCAAACACUUGGUACGCACUGGAUGGACCAUCAUAAGAAAGAAGCUCAGUGGCUGUUUAGAGGUUAUGUUUGUGCAAUCUGUCUGGAUUCUUUUACCAAUAAGAAAGUCUUGGAAACACAUGUACAGGAGAGGCACCGGGUGCAAUUUGUUGAACAAUGUAUGCUUUUCCAGUGUAUUCCAUGCAGUAGCCAUUUUGGGAAUCCCGAGGAUUUGUGGUCACAUGUACUAUCAGUUCAUCCUAAUAAUUUCAAGCAAUCAAGUGUUGUUGAGCAGCCUAAUCUUUCUGUGGUUGAUGAUACUCUGCAGAAUCCUAGUCAAGAGAAGUCAGCUGCAGUAGAUGAUCGGAACCCGGAGAGUCAGUCUAGCAUCCGGAAAUACAUUUGCAGGUUCUGUGGCUUGAAGUUUGACUUGCUACCUGAUCUGGGCCGCCAUCAUCAAGCGGCUCAUAUGGGGCCAACUCCUGCUGAUCCUCGCCUCCCAAAGAGAGGCCUUCGUCUCUAUGCUCAAAAACUGAAAUCAGGAAGACUCACUCGACCUGGGUUUAGAAAAGGUAUAGGAUCAGCGUCAUAUAGGAUUAGGAACAGAAGUGCUCAAAACAUGAAGAAACACAUUCAGGCAACGAGUUUGGUCAGUGCAGCAAAGUUUAAUGUCCAAUCCGUUCAGCCUGAUGCAGCUAGUCUUGGUAGACUGGCAGAUUCUCAAUGCUCAGCUGUUGCAAAGGUAUUGUUUUCAGAGAUUAAAAGAACAAAACCACGACCAAGUAACUUAGAAAUCUUAUCAAUUGCUCGCUUGGCUUGCUGCAAGGUAAGCCUGCAAGCCUCAUUAGCGGCAAAAUAUGGAACCUUGCCGGAGCGAAUAUACCUAAAAGCAGCAAAACUCUGCAGUGAGCAAAAUAUUUUAGUCAACUGGCACCAAGAAGGGUUUAUUUGUCCCAGAGGAUGUAGGCUGAUUGAAAGUGCACAUCAAUUGUCUUCUUCAGUGCCUCUUUUGGAUGAUGUAGUUGUAUCUAGAUCAUUGGUUCCUUUGAAUCCUGUGUCCAGUGAGUGGACGAUGGAUGAGUGUCACUAUGUUAUUGACUCCAGACAUUUUAACCAAGAUUCUGCUGAGAGAAUUAUCUUAUGUGAUGAUAUAAGUUUUGGGAAGGAGUCUGUCCCAAUAGCUUGUGUGGUGGAUGAAAACCUUUUGGGUUCUCUUCAUAUCAUGCCGGAUGGCUCUGAUGGCCAAAUUACAGCACACUCUCUGCCAUGGGAGAGCUUUACUUAUGUUACAAAACCAUUGCUUGAUCAAUCCAUUGGUCUUGAAGUGGAGAGUUCACAGUUGGGGUGUGCUUGUGCUCAUUCAGUUUGCUCUCCUGUAACCUGUGAUCAUGUCUACCUUUUUGAUAAUGACUAUGAAGAUGCAAAAGACAUAUAUGGCAAACCAAUGCAUGGCCGCUUCCCAUAUGAUGAGAGAGGUCGGAUCAUUUUGGAGGAGGGUUACCUUGUUUAUGAGUGCAAUCAAAGGUGCUGCUGCAGCAAAACCUGUCAGAACCGGGUUUUGCAGAAUGGCAUUCGAGUGAAAUUGGAAAUAUUCAAAACAGAAAAGAAGGGUUGGGCAGUUAGGGCAAGGGAAGCAAUCCUGCGAGGCACCUUUGUAUGCGAGUAUAUUGGGGAGGUCAUAAAUGAGCAAGAAGCAAGUGAGAGGCGUAAUAGGUACGGAAAUGAUAGUUGCAGAUUUUUAUACGAAAUUGAUGCUCAAAUAAACGACAUAAGCAGAUUGACUGAAGGGCAGGUCUCCUUUGUGAUUGAUACAACAAAUUAUGGAAAUGUUUCACGGUAUAUUAAUCACAGCUGCUCACCAAAUCUUGUAAAUCACCAAGUGAUUGUAGAAAGCAUGGAUUGUCAGCUUGCACACAUUGGUCUCUACGCCAGUCGAGAUAUUGCCAUGGGUGAAGAAUUGACAUAUGAUUACCGCUAUAAAUUAUUACCGGGAGAAGGGUCCCCUUGCCUGUGCGGAGCUGCGAAUUGCAGGGGUCGUUUAUACUAAAUGCUUCACCAGCUAAUUGUUCUUACGCUGCCCCUGGUGGGAAGCCUCUGACUUUUCAAAUUGAGAAGUCAAGAGAGGAAAGCUAAAGGCAAAUUUUCUGAUUUGUAUCUGCUGCUUCUGUAACUGUUGAAAUGGGCAUGAAGCAUUGGGCUCGUCGUUUAAGUCCCACCUGUAGAAUUUUUGUUUUUUUUUUUCCUGGUAUAGCAAAUUUUAUCUACCCUGAUAAUUUAAAGCAGACAAUUUCGAGCACUUAUUCUGGCCCUUUUCCUCUUGCUCAGCCUGCACAGAAAGUUGGAAAGCUUUUUUGUCAUAAAACAUCAGACUGGCAAUUUUCGAAUCAACUGUAUUUGAUGACUGCUGCUACCAUUCUACU